UCCCUGCUCCGAAAACAGAGCGGCGCACCAGGAGUACGAGCAAAUAUCUGGAAGAGGUUGCCGAAAUUACCUCAAAGCAUUUUAAAUUGCGAUCCUUGCGGGCCCCAUUCUGCAGACUCCCAGAUGGUACAUUCCCCCGUCGCCUCCCGUAGGACUUCCUUAUAAAUCCCAAAUGCUCGCUGGUUUUCCACUGCAUUCUUUCUCAAGAAAAACUACUAACAGACUCAUCCUCUCCAUCCAAUAAGAUGUCCAGAUUCCUAAUUUUUAUGGUCCUUCAUUCUUUUCUUCUCUUCUUUGUUUCAGGGGGUUUAGCGGCGGCGUUCACGCUGACGAAUAACUGUGAGUACACGGUGUGGCCGGGGUCGCUGUCGGGGGCGGGCACGGGGGAGCUGGAGACGACGGGGUUCGCGCUGGAGAAAGGAGAGUCACGGAGCCUGAAUGCGCCGGCCAAGUGGUCCGGCCGUUUCUGGGGCCGCACCCUAUGCUCCACCGACUCCGCAACCGGCAAGUUCACCUGCGGCACCGGCGACUGCGGAUCUGGCACCAUGGAGUGCUCCGGAGGCGGCGCCGCACCCCCGGCGACCCUGGCCGAGUUUACCCUCGACGGAAGCGGGGGAAUGGACUUCUACGACGUCAGUCUCGUCGAUGGCUACAACGUGCCGAUGCUGGUGGUGCCGCAAGGAGCCAGCUCCCCCGGGGGGAACUGCAGCGCGACGGGGUGUCUGGUGGACCUGAACGGUGUUUGUCCGUCGGACCUGAAGGUGGUGCUCGCGGGUGUCGACGGGGGGAGCGAGAGCGUAGCGUGCAAAAGCGCGUGCGAGGCAUUCGGGUCGCCGCAGUACUGCUGCAGCGGGGCCUACGGGAACCCGAACACAUGCAAGCCGUCGUCAUACUCUCAGUUCUUCAAGAAUGCCUGCCCCCGCGCGUACAGCUACGCCUACGACGACGCCUCCUCUACCUUCACCUGCUACAACGCUAACUACCUCAUCACCUUCUGCCCCAGCACCACCAGUCAGAAAUCAGCGGCCGAUAAUCCGGAGGCCGCGGCAGGGCUGCCCUUGAUCAACAGCACGAUGGCCUUCCUGAGCGGCGACGCCUCGCCCUCCAUGCCGCACGCGGCGCUUCUUCCCGUCACUCUCGCCGUCCUCGCUGCUAUCGCGGCCCACCUAAAAGUCUAAACCGCCCACGCGCUAUCCCAUACGUAACUUGCGUGCGGAAGGGCGCGCGCGUUGCGGUUUCGCUCGCCCACUCCGCGCCCGUCUUGCUGCAUCGUACAUGAGAGGGCCGACCGCCACAACCACCGCACUUCUCCGCCCUUCUUUUUUUUUGUUGUCGUUUUUGAGAAGACGUGGCACCACCUUUUCUCUACUCGGCCGGGCUCCUUUGUCUCUCUUUGAGGGGAGAUUCUACUGCUGGCGAGGGUGACGAUAGUGCGACAAUGACCGAAGUUUGAAUACGGCUUUUUUUAUUUUCUUUUCUCUCUUGCAGAAAGGCUCAGGCUUCCGCCUGUACGAAAUAAAUAUACUGGAUGAUUUUUUAUAUUUUUUUAUCUUUCUACAUGCUUCGCAGUGGGUGGUCGCAAUCGAUUUUAUAGUUAAUUACAUGGUGAUUUUAUGUACCGUAUUUGCGCCACGCCUAGAGGUGGCACGUCGUUCUCCGUGAUGUGAAAUUCAAGGAUGAAAUAUUGUUAUCUUAAAGUUUUUCUUAUGUUUAUAUAUA